GAAAGUUGAGAAAACAAAAUUGUAUCGAAAUACAACAUUUUUUUCCUUGGUCUUCUCCUUUAUUUCCACUGCAGCCCCCAUCAUCACCGCCAUCGCUCGGCCGCCGCCGCCGGCCUCGUCACCAUUGCCCUCACAUACCUAGACUCGUCCGGACCGGAGAUGAUGUGGUUGGGCCACACCUGUGGACUCUCAGCUGGGCCAGACCCAAGCCGGAAGUCCUAAUCAACCCACAGCCGCCCAGACUCCCAGUCGAUUUCAAGCAACGAAGCUGUCUCGAGACUCUCCGAAGCGCCGCCGUCGGCGUCGAGCUGGCAAGCCAGUCUUAACCUCAUCCAAUUUGAAAGCAAGGCCGCAGGGGAAGCCGCAUCUUCUCAGCCGCAGCAGCCUUUUGACUCUUGGAACUUUCAAACAUUUCCGCCCGUACCGGCACCCUCCAUCUCAAGUUGGCUCACCUUCCUCUUCCUUCCCUCCCCCUCCCUCCAAUCCCAAUUCCAUCUCCCCUUCCCCCUUUGUCCCCACUUAACUACUCUGCUCCCUCUAUAAAACCCCACAAAACCCUCCUCCUCCACACCCUUCUUCCUCUUCCUCUUCCUCUUCCCUAACCAUUAACUCCAUAAGGCAAAUCCAUAUAGAUUUCUAAACAUUCUCUUGGAUUCUAGACAGAGUUAUAUGCACGAUCUCUUUCAAAAUUCCUUAAAUCAAGAAGCAAACGUACAUCAAUAAAUUUAUAUUUGUCUUAUAUUCGAUAUUGCAUGAAUAUUAUUCUAAGACGAUGUCGCCGCCGGAGCAGCCAAUGAAGAGCAUGGCCGUGCUGACCACCGCGAUCAUGGUGGCUGCGGUGAUAGUCAUCUUCAUGGCCUUCCUCUUCGCCUUGUUCCUCUACCUCCGCGCCAAGCGCUACUGGGGCGCCAACCCCACCCUCGGUCGCCCCCGCGCCCCACUCGCUGUCGCCGACGAAGACGGCGUCCCCUGUCGCGGCCUCGAUCCCGCCGCAAUUAAAGCCCUUCCUUCCUUGGGUUUUCGACCGGAGGAAUUCAAGGAGGGCCUCGAGUGCGCCGUCUGCCUAUCGGAGCUGUCGGAGGGGGAGGAGGCCCGGUUGCUGCCCGGUUGCAGGCAUGGCUUCCAUUUGGAGUGCAUCGACAUGUGGCUAAGCUUCCACUCCACCUGCCCGCUCUGCCGCAGCCCGGUGUCGUUGGAGAAUGCGGAUUCUGGCGUCGAAACGGCGGAGGCUUCUCCGGUGGAGGCGGUGCUGGCGGCCGGGCGACUGCCGGAGUCGCCGAUUUUCCCAACAAAUGUGCUGUUCUGGGGAUCCCAGGAUCGGGUCAGAACUGGAGGUCCGGCGACGGCAGCGGCGGCGGCGGGCUCGUGCGAAGGGAGUUCGAGUUCUGUGGGCUCUUCAUCAGGAAGGCCUGAGGGGAAGCUGGUGAUUGAUGUCCCGCGACGAGCGAUGGAGGGAUACCAAUCUCCGGUUUCGCCACUGCCGUUGAGUAGGCUAUCCGUGGAUGACAUCAAGUCUCCGACAUCGGCGAGGUUGAGGUCACUGAGGAGGCUGCUAAGCCAGGGGAAUCGAGGGAUUGGUUCUUCUUGCAGCCUCCGAGGUGGUGAUAUUGAGCAGGGAGUAGCAGGAGUUGGAGUUACAGUAGAUGGGGGUCUUCUGAUGCCAAAAACAUCUACAAGUUCGUGAAUUGGUUUCACGAAUUGCUUUCGGCAAUCGAGAAUUAUUGGAGAGUGGAAGGAAAUCUGGAGCACAAAAUACUGAUAGCAAGCUUGGAAAGUUAGGAAUUUCAGGUGUUUGAGAUGCAAUGGUCGCUUGUAAAUGGUUAGCAGCUGGUUUGCCAAAAAAUUUGUACAGAAAGGAAUCAGCUUUCAUAGAUCCAAUUCAAAAUCCAGCUCAUGGUCCAUAGAGAGUCAUUCGCUCUCGAGUAUAACGAAUGCUGGGUCUAAAAGAAUUUUCUUUAAAUGCAUUUUGGAUAUAUGAAUUGAUUCAUUUAAUUCCAUCAUUGCAAAGUGUUAAAUUGAAUUCUCUGUUUGCCAGGAUAUUUGCUAUCCAUAUUACUAUUCUUAGUA